CAACGCAACCUUGUCAUGUGCAAAUAAUCAUACCCUCCUACAUUCACAUCCAGAUCAUUAAUGUACAUGACUAACUGCAAGGGAACGCCUGGCGGGACAGUGCAUUAGCUCAGGUUGAAGCUCUCAGGUUAGACAUUCGCACCGCGCCCGGCUCAGGGAGUAUCCAUUUCACCGGACGUGUUCACUUGUGAUAAUGUCUGAAUCGGCUCACAGUUAUGUAACGGCGUGACGUGAUCAAAACACACACAGCGGUCGAUGAAGUGGAAGUGUCCUGACGACCAGCGAGAGAAGUUUGACCCCGCUCUUUGGCCCAGCCUCUUUCCCCGGCGUCCCAAGCCCGGCGUUUCCCGAGUGGGCAGCACGGAGCGUGGGCUGCGCCGCUAGACACACCGGGGCUCUACAGCAGUCUUCCUCUGUUUCAGAGCGUCCCGCACCGCUUCACUCUAAUGUAUUGCAAGAGUUCCUCUAGAAAAAUUCAUCUGAAGAGCAUGCUUUGGCUGCUUUUAAUUCUUACACUGUUGUGCCUCAUAAAACUCUGUUACAAUUACAUAGACAAUGGCUCACAGAAAAGCUGGUUAGUAGAACCUUUCUGGAGUACUUCCCCAUUUGUGCGGAACAGAAAGAAUGUCAAGUACUUGCAAUCAAAGCUUGAAAUAAAUUGCACUGCCAUCUACAACUACAGCCCAGUGGAGGUGGGAAAAACUUUAGAAAUACGCAAAGGUAACAUUGUUGAUUUGGAAGAUGAAGAUGUUGAGUUGAUGACAUCAAACUGUGCUCAAUACCUUCACCACAGAGCAUACCACAACAAUUUGACCUCAGAAGAAGAGCAGGAGUAUCCUUUGGCAUUUUCUCUGGUUGUUCAUAAAGAUGCUGUUAUGGUGGAAAGGUUACUAAAAAUGAUUUAUAUGCCCCAAAAUAUAUAUUGUGUCCAUUAUGACCAGAAAUCCUCAAAAUCUUUCAAAGCUGCCUUAGAGAAUUUAGCCAGGUGUUUACCUAAUGUAUUCAUUGCAACAAAGAUAGAAUUGGUGCAUUACACUCAUAUCUCCAGACUCCAAGCAGAUCUCAACUGCUUGUCAGAUCUUCUCAGCUCUUCUGUCCAGUGGAAGUACGUUAUCAAUUUGUGUGGCCAAGAUUUACCAUUGCGAUCCAACUUAGAACUGGUAUCUGAACUGAAGAAGCUGAAUGGAGCUAACAUGUUGGAAUCUGUGAAACCCAGUGCAGUUAAACAAGAGCGAUUUAUGUUUCACCAUCAGUUUCAAAAUAGCUUAGAUGAGUCCAAAGACAUACUUAUCAAAACGGACACAAAGAAGGAUCCUGCCCCCCAUAGCAUUGAAAUAUUCUCUGGCAGUGCCUACUUUGUUUUAAGUUAUGAAUUUGCCAAAUACAUCAAUAACAGCAUAGUAGCCAAAGAUUUCCUUGCAUGGUCUGCAGAUACAUACUCACCAGAUGAGCACUUCUGGGCAAGUAUGGUGCGAGUGCCUGGAGUACCAGGUGAGCUCCCCAGGUCUGGGGCUGAAGUGACUGAUCUGCAAAGUAAGACAAGGCUGGUGAAGUGGAGCUACCUUGAGGAAGACCUAUACCCACCUUGCACAGGCACUCACCGCCGCAGCGUCUGCAUCUAUGGUUCUGCUGAGCUCAGGUGGCUCCUUGACGAUGGCCAUUGGUUUGCUAAUAAAUUUGAUUCAAAAGUAGACCCUGUUUUAAUAAAAUGCUUGGAACUAAAGAUUAUGGAGCGCCAGAGAAAUUGGCUAGAAUUGACUCCUCGAAAGUUCUAUGCUCUUAAUGCUGGUGGAAGCUUUUGGAGUUGAAGGAAUAUUAUAUUUUGUGUUGGAAGUGUUGAUCAUGCUCUAAAGCUAAACUGAAGAUCAAACAAUGUUCUCUCUUGUUUUGUGUGGAACGUUUUAACCACCAACAAUGUAGAGAGUAGAAAAUAGAGAGUAUGAUAAGAAAACAAAUGCUUGUCCAGUAUCUGUAAAACUUGAGGUAUAUUAGUCAAAUGACACUAUUUAUCAAUGGAGACACAAGAGACUGCAGAUGCUGGAACCUGGAGCAACAAACAAUCUGCUGGAAGAACUCAACGGGUCAAGCAGCAUCCAGUCCUGAUGCAAGAUUGUGACCCAAAACGUUGACAAUUCCUUUCCACAGAUGCUGCUCGACCUGCUGAGUUCUUCCAGCAGGUUGUUUGUUGUUAUUUAUCAAAGAGCUUGACAUCACUUUUAUUCUACAGGUGAGGCAACCAUGUCCUAACUCAUGACCUACGUGUUCAAUACAGUGGUGUACACAGCUGCUGAAGCAAUAAUGGUUUGGCCACAAUAGAGUGUUCUUGUGUUCAGAAGAAACUUUAAUUAUCCAGAAUGUGACAAGAAUGUGGAAUUCAUUACAACAGAGAUUGGUUGAUGUGAAUAAUAAAGAUGCACUUAAGGGGAGGUUGAGCAAGCAUAUGGGGGAGAAGGGAUUGGAGAAUUAAAUGGAUGGAUUUAGAUCAGUAAAGACAGGAGGAGGCUCAAAAGAUUACCGCCAAAAAAGGACUGGUUGGGUCAAGUGGCCUGUUUAAUGUGUAAUAAGUGCAUCCUGUGCAAAGCAUGAUCCAAUGCUUCAGUCUUACUGUCGAUCCUAGUCUCAAAAUAAUAGGCCAGAAAUUGCAGUCUUCACUUGACAUAUGGAAAUGGUAUGUGCUUUCCUUUUGCAGAGUUCUGAUGUUGACUUGUUGGUAAAUUCACUCCCUGUCCAAAACAGUGAAGAUUUGAAGUGUGGCAGGGCCUUGCACCAUGUACUGCCUUCACAUGGGUGGGUCACAAGAAACCCCAAGGACAAAGCAGAUGAAGGAAACUUUGCUAAUUGACAAAGCCACGCUCCUUCUGCUGCUAAAACUGUCAGGAUUUUCAAUGAAAUAAUUUAAAAAAUGCAAAUUAUAGAUUUAAAAAAUGUACAAGAAAUUCAAUCACAAAAUACCUAAAACACUGUUAAAUCAUUAAAAUAUGAAAGCAAAUUCCACUUCUUCAAAAAUGUAAAUUAUAUUAUGCUUAUUCUUCAACCUUACAACUAUUCCUGUCUCUUCAACUUGCUGGUAGGUUUAGUGGGAGAUUUCCUAGCAGAACUUGACUGGUAAAUUCAGGACUUCAUUCAAGAGCUGCAAACUUUCCAAAACCCAUUGGCUGUUCGGCACAGAAUUGCCAGCAUAUCCCAGCAUUUUCCAGCCAUUAUUAUGCGAUAACUCUUGUAUCCUGGGACUGCAAGUAAUCUAAAUUUUUAUGCUAAAUUAUGCAAAUUAGAGAUUAGGGAGCAGACAGGUGGGAUUAUAAAUAAGAAACUAUCCGGAGAGUGGGGAUAUAAAGAUUUCAUUUUCAUUUUAAUACUUCUGGCUGUUCUUAAACUAAACAUAAGGUGCCUUUUCUCAGGAAAUUGAUGUAAUAUUGUGGAUAAUCCAAUUUCUAUUUCAAAUGCAUUUCACUAAUUUUUUUUAAAUAAUUUAUGGCUUUGUUAAUGUUCUUUGAUUUUCUUUAGCAAUAUCGUUUCCUGGCUUGAUGUUGGAUAACUUCAUCAAUGUCAAGUCACUACAAUGCACAUUUAACACUUGGUCUUUAUGAGUGGACCACUCAGGGGAACUCAAGUUUCCAGUGCAUGGCUCCUAAGCUCAUAUCAAAAUCAAAGAAACACAGAUGUUUUUGGCACAAAAUGAGGCUAUUCUGUUUAUGCUGGAUAAAAACACUACAGCUAUUCAAAGUAUUCUCACUACCCCAUUGUCAAUCAUUGCCCUAAAGUAUCAUGUGCUCAUCCUGACAGGAUUGAAAUGUAUUGAGUAUUUCUGUCCUUUCAUGUAGUGAGUUAUGAGACCAUGCUUUUGAUCAAAGAAGCUUCCAUCAAAAUAAAAUCGCAUUUUGUUUCAUAUAAAAAACAGAUUAUCAGUUUUUAUAUACCUUAUACACUUAAUGACACAGAAAUGGGCCAUUUGGCCCAUCAGGUCCAUGCCAGCAACCCUCCUCUCCUUAUUUCUCUGUACCCCUGCAACUUGCUCUCUCUGAAUACUGAUCAACUCCGCUUUGAUUCUUUUUGCCAUUAACCUGUACUAAGGAGAAACUUACAGUGGCCAGUUAAUCUACUGACAUUUUUAUGCAAUGUGGAAGGAAAUCAAAGCUUCUCGAAACCCAUACAAGUCACAGAGAAGAUACUCAAACCCCACACAGACAUCAUGCAAGGUCAAGAUCAAACCCAGGUCCCUGGACUGUGAGGCAGCAGCACCAACUGCUGCACCAUUCGUACCGCCUGCUUUCUUUAAUUCAAUACUGGCCCAGAACAGGCACUAAUCUUUUCCCAAAGCUUGAGCCCAUUGUAUAAGUUUUGCCUGUGACAGACAUUAGGCUUAUCUGAUAUAGCUGCAUUAUGUACAUCUCUGAGGAGUGUAAAUUCUCGCAGAUCAUCUUGAAGGGUAAGUGGGGCUGAGUAUUGUUUUGCCAAUAUGUGCAGUUUAUUUUCCUUCAAAUUUAUAUGAGAUGUAGCACAGGGAAAUAAAAUGGAAAUCCCUCUUCUGUUGUCAACUUGGGAUUGUUCCAAUCUUGCCCCAAGUGUCUUUUGGUUUACUGCACCAAACAUCCCCUAGUUCAGUAAUAAUGGACGAUCCCACUGAGGAUUGCCCCAGUGGUUUGGUAAAUGGAAAAGAGCCACAUGAACAGGAUUUUUUGAGAUUGGGAUUUUGUUGAACACAACAGCAAUUUAUGCCCUGCUUCUAAAAAUACUAUUUUCAAUUUGGGAAUAAUCCAUGUUAAUACUAAAUGCCAAAAGUGAUAGAGUAUCCCAUUUCUCAGAGAAUUAAUAAGUGUAAAAUUCACCCCAUAAAUUUACUGCAUAUCUGUGUUUUAUUUAUUUAUUAGGAUCUGGUCACUGGCCUGGCCUGUAUUGGGGUGUCACAGUUUUAUACAACCCUCCUCCUUUAUUCCAAAGAAAACCACCCUGGCAUCUUCUGUUUGUAAUAGCUAUCUGUCCUCCUAACUUCAGGAUUCUGUGAAUGUGGACUCCAAGAUCCCUGAACGACACACAAAGAGACAAACCUAUUAUAAACGGCAAUGUGUGGCUGAAGGGUGGUAUGGGAGGCAGGUGUUUUGGUUCAUCAGUCACUGGACAUGGUAUUGGGGAAGGAAGCAGCUGUUCCAUUUCAAAAAGCUCCGUUUAAACCAGAGUCCUGCAAAUCAAAUGGCAAUGCUGGCAGCAGUGUUUUUAACUAAUGAAACUGGAGGAGUGGUUGAUGGCAUAUAGAGUGGGAGAGUUUAGGAAAAUGAGGCUGCAGAGAAGUUUAGCAAUUUAGGUAUAAAAGCAAUCAGUCAAGAAAGAACGGAUAUCUUAACUAACUGGGGAAAAGUAACAAAUGAUAUUGGGGGAAAUAGAGGCAUAAUGUCAAUAUGCACAAAAUAUUCACAGUUAAAUAGUUCAAUUAAUAACACAAUACUAAGAAAAAAUUGAUCUCAUAGCCAUUGUGGUGAUGUAGUUGCAGAGUAACCAAUGCUGGGAAUUAAAUAUUUCAGAAUACCUGACAUUUAGAGAAGAUAGGCAGGUGGAACUGAUAGUGGGACACACUAAUAACAAAGAGUGAGAUAUAAAUAGUAAAGAGAAAGAAUCUUCUCUCUGAAAAUCAAGAUGUUGAACUGAAAAUCAAGAUGAAGAAUGAUAGGGUGAAUAAAAAACUGGUGUUGCCAUUUAUAAAGCCCUGAGACUGAAUGUAGUAUUGGGCAAAAGGAAAUAACAGAUGUACAGAAGGAAAUUAAAGAUACACAUUACCUGGGUAAUAUGGUAACCACUGGGGACUGUAACCUCCAUAGAGACGAGAAAAAUGAAAUCUACAACAAUAAUGUGUGAGGUGAGUUCAUGGAAUGCAUUCAAAUUAAUGUUAAGGGACCUGCAAUGGGAAAGGUUAUUUUGAAAUCUGUGUCAUGAGACAGGGUUAAUUAAUAAGCUUGUAAACGAGUCUCUGGGUAAAGUAAUUGUAAUAUGAAAAAAUGCAGUACAGGUCCUCCCCAAGUUAUUACAGGGUUCCCUUUCUGUUGAUAAUCUGAACAGUUCAUAAAUUGGAAAUGUGGCCACCUGGCUAUAUACGUAAAUAAAAAUAUAGCCCAACUCAACCAUUUAGAUUUCUCUGCAUGAUGCAAUGAUAUUGCUAUAAACCAAGUUCCCACAAGGCAAAAGAUGCCUGCAGCUGGCAAAUCCAUCCUGAUGUGGUCCCAAACGCUUGUUUAUAUGUAUGGGCUGUACGUAAGUCAUGUGUUCAUAAUCUGGGGAGGAUCUGUAAUGAGGUUGAGAGUGAUUUAGUCAAGAAGGAAUGAAAUUAGAAUCAAACCUGAACAUAGUUGGCAUGAGAAAUGUGUUGGGUAUGUUAACUUUGGAAAUUAAAGAUAUGGUGAUAGAUAAACAAAGGCAAACAUUUAAAGCAUUCACUCCAAAAUCCCAACAAAUAAACAUUCCCUUAAAGAUUAAAUGUUAUAGGAGGAGUGAUUGAACUGUGGUAAAACAAAGAAAAGAUAAUUUUAGAUUAAAGGAAGAGGCUUAUAACCUGUCAAAGUCCCUUUUUGAUUGGGAGGAUUUUAGAAUUCAAUAAUAAAUUACCAAGAAAUUGAAAGGGAAGAAAAAUAGAAGAUAAGAGUUAACUAACAAGAGACGUAGAUUUUAAAAGCUUCCACAGCGAGUAAAAAAAAGGAAUCUUUACAUUAAGGGUCAGGAGAAGGGGGACAUUAAACAAAUCUGUCUUUACAGUAGAAGGUACAAACCAGUUUCUAAAAAAAAGUGGAAAAACAAAGACCUAUUGAAAAUAAGAAACUUAAACUGGAGGUUAGAUUGGAGUAAAGGACAACAUAUUUCUUGGCGUAUAUUCUCAAGUUUUAAAAGAGGUGACAACAAAGAUAGUAGAUGCAUUAUAAUUUUAAAAGAUAUUUUAUAAGGUUGCCUGUAGACCAGCAAGUAGCAAAUAUAAUCCUGCUAUUUAUGAAAUGAGGUGGAGAAAAAACAGGGAACUAUAAGCUACCCUAACAUCGGUAGUAGAGAAAACUAGUAAAAGUCAUUAGGCACUUGAUACCAGUGCAUAUCAAAAUCAUAAGUGAAUUCAAUAACCAGCCUUUCUUGUUUGUGUCAGAACUGGCCAGCUCUGCUGUUACAUUAACUCAGUAUUUCUCUCUACACAGAUGCUGCAUGAUCUGCUGAGUAUUACCAGCAUUAUUUCAGAUUUCCAGCAGUUGCUGUGUUCUACACCUCACUGAUCAAGGAUGUUCUUUUUCUCUAAGUGCCUUCAUUCAUCUUCCUCUUCAUUCAUUCCCUUCCCGCAGAUGGUAUCAAAAGCAAUCCUGUCACCUGGAAAACCUCGAUCUGCACCCUGUCAAGAUGUCUCCUCUGUCCUCUCCAUCUCUGUCUCUCUACCUGCAAUUUAAAAUAUCUUGUUUUUUUCACUUUCCCAAAUCUGAUGAAGGGUUAUUAACCUGAAACAUUAGUUUGUUUCUUGUCACAGACUCCGAUCCAUCUCCUAAUCAGAAAUUUUUGCCUUUAUUUCAAAAUCAUAAUAAUAUUGGCAGAAUCAGCAAGGAUUUGUGUAAAGUUUAACAACUCUUCAGUAAUUUUUAAGACUGAAGUUUAAAUCUAUUAUUUAGAUUAAAGUAGGAUUAUAAAUAAAGAUACCAUCCAAUUGAGAGAUUGUUGAGAAACAUACAUAAUGUCAAUAAAUUCAGAAGCCAUCACACCUGAAAGCCCACAGUGCAUUAUGUACAGCACCAUCUGGUAUAAGUUGGUAAAAUCACUGCCAAAUAGCCCUGAACAUGGUAUGUGAGUUUCUGGCCUUCACCAAUAUCCUACAAGGCAAAUUAUCUCAGCUGGGCCAGGUCACACAAGCAGGAUUCCCCUUUCUCCAGUAGUUUCUGUGUUCCUGGGCUUUUAGUUGUUGGGGGCAACAUCAGCAGGCAGUGUGUUUAACAGCAGGUGAACCAGCCCACCUAAAACCACACACAUUCUCUGUCUGCAGAGUCUGACAGAAUACUUUGUCAACUCCCAGAAUAUCUUUGAACAAAUCGGGCUUGGGAGGCAUGUACACUGGAGAAAGAAUAAAGCAAACCAAUUUUAACUAUAAACUUAAUGGAAAAAUAUGGGAUUAAGUCAUUUUGAAAGUAUAAAUGGUUCAGCUUAACAGCUUUUGGUAUUGCAAUAGAGAGAAGAGACAACAUUGGUCAGUUGCCACAUAAAGAACCAUGCCUGAGGUCACAGCUAAACUGACCAUUCUUUUGGUGUCCUUAGCAUAUGAGUAUUUUUACAUAUGCAUUUAAAUUUUCAUGUAAUUUGCAGUUAUAUUAAGAAAAGAGGUUGAAAGUGUAAGAGUGUUUUGUGGACACCGUUGGAACUGUGCAAUUGUACUAUAAGGUUCUUACUGAUUGAUUGAAGUACAAUCUCUAAUUUAGUAUGUGGAUGUACUUCUCCACUGAUUUGAAGUAAAGUGAACUUAUUUAUCUCCAAAGCUUUUGUAUCAAGCUAUCUAUUCCACACUUCUGAAUCCUGAAACCUGUUGGACUAAUCAGUAGCUAAGGCUAUGCAUCCCACAGCUGACAUACCCAUUUCACUUUACCCUCAUUAAGAUAUUUUUCUUAUAAUUGGUUAAUUGUCAUACGAUGCUUCACAAUUACCAUCAACAUUAAGCAUGGUUGCCAAGAAUUACACUGAUUAAUAAGUUUGUCCAGAUCAAAAAUCAACAUUGGGAAAUCACUAAUCAGCUUUUGACAUUAAGCAGUAGGUUAAUAUUUCGAAUGUAGAAAUAAGAGACUGCAGAUGCAGGAAUAUGGAACAAAAAGCUGUAGGAACUCAGCGGGUCAGGCGACAUCUAUGGAGGGAAAUGGACAGUCUACGUUUCAGGUUAAAACCCUUCAUCUCGACUGAAUCAGUCCAUGUGAAGGGUCUCGACUCAAAUGUCGAACUGCUGAGUUCCUCCAGCUCUCAAUAUUUUGAAUGUGAUCAUUGAUCAGAACCAGUAAAGUCAGGAGAACAGCCCUUAUCUCUGCCUCACCAAAUCAGGUGGAGCAGUUUGAGUCUAGAAAGACAGAAAAUACCCAACUCUAGAACAGAAAUAGAUGAGCAGGAAAUUCAAAGCAAAUAUGUUAGCAAGCGAAAAGACAUAAAAACACAAAUACACAUUCCAAACGUUCUUGAGAAUUAAAAUUCCCGUUUGUGAAAUCCUGAGUUAGUUGCUAGUUCAUAGAAAGUUGGAAAUUAUUCAAAUAUAGCCCACAAUUUUCUGUCCAUUCAUUGUUGUAAGUCUCAGCCACAUGUGCAGUUUCCCAGUAUGCAUUCUAGGUAAGUGACAUUCAGAACUAUGAUCAUCCAAGUGAUACGUCUCAAGUGACUGAAAUCAAUGGAGUGGAAUUUGCUGUCAGUCAAUAUGGCCAUUGGAGGGGGGAGAUCGAAAAGUGUAGAGUUUCCAAGUUUGCCAGCUACUUGCAGUUUGGUGUGGAAUACAGAAUUAUAUGCUUGCUUGUCUACUUGUAUAUAACACACACUCUGGGGGGAAUUAGGAAGCCUCAGAGGAUUCUCCACCUGUUGGCAUAAUAUUCUGGCUUCUGGGUGGUACUGUAAGUUUUUGGGCUGCUUUGCUAUUUUGGUAAAAUGUACCAUGACAUUCUUAGGAUACUGACCUUGCCAAGCUACUUUCUGGCAAACUUGUAAUCUCCUUACUUCUCAGUUCCUUCCCCUCUACAGAACCAGCAGGACCAUAUUGACUGACUGGAAAAUCCACUCUAUUAAUUUCAAGAACCUGAUACUUCAGUUGUGGUCAUUCUGUCCUUAUCCAUCUGCAUGACUAAAGAUGCAGUUGAUUGAUGGACAAAAAUGUGUCCAAAAAUGAUUCCAAUCUGCUACGUGAACAUAAACCUAUUGCACAUAAUUAAUUAGAACCAAAUUAUGGAAGUCAGUUGGAAGUGGUUAAGGGCAGUAUGUCAUGUAGGCAUAUCCAUUGCAUAACAAUCCUGCCCUGUGAGUAUCUGUUAUGCAAUUUCCAUUCCACUGUUCAGGGCAAAAUACCUUGAAUACAAAAGCUGCUUCCUCAUUUUAAUUGGACUCUGUUGAAAGUAAUAAAUUUGGUUGCUUUUUUUGUUUGUCCAUCUAAAAAUAUUCUGCAAAAGGUCAUUUUGGCUUUGCAAGACUCUGGCUUUCAUAACAUUUUAUCAAAAUCCUUUAAAAUGAUGCAUGUAACUAAAAGCAUUUGUCUCAAGUGCAGUCCGGGCAGUGAAUUGUGAGUCAUGUGUCCUUGCUGCCUGCUCAAAUAAAUAAGUUGAAAGUUGCAGAAAGUCCGCAGUCAUCUGUUCCAGUGAAAGUGCAUUAACUGCACUAUUUUACUCCUCCAUUCUGGUUGUACAAGCCAAAUGUUCCACUCUUAAAAAUCUCUGAAGGCAGCAAGUGGCCAGUUUUUCCAGUUUGUAUCAGAACUGGGCAGUUCUCCAUUCUCAGUCACGUAGGCAGGUGUAAAAUCACUCCCUUUUACAUUUUAAAACUACUUAAAUUAAUUACUUUUUUUGGGAAAUAAAAGCCUCUUUUUUUCAAAAAUGCUGGAGUACUAUAACCCUCCAGUGAAGAAUAGAGACAUUUCAUUAAUUGUCAAGUGAGAAAACACCUCAGGUCACUUGUACGGAAUUCAUUUCUCCCUUUAAUAUCAGACAAAUUCAUAUUUAUUUUUAUUAAGAUUACCGGUCCCUUUUUAAAUGGAAAUCAAAGUUUUAAGUUGCAGAGAAAAAGAGGGAAGGAGAAAACAAAGGGAACAUCUGUGACAGGCUGGAGACCAAUGAAACAAGAGGCCGUGGCGUGGACUGAGAGAGGGCUGCAAAGGCUUGUUGCUCACACCUGUUGUGUUAGGAAGAGAGGGAGUAGAAGAAGAUAAAUGAGGAAUGAGGAGAGAGACAAAGAAACAAUUUAUGAGAUACAGAACACAGCUUUUGCUUGAUAUCUGAAAUAAAAGGGAAUGUUGGAAGUAACCAGCAGGCCAGUGGCAUCUGAGGAGAGAAGAAGCUGAGCUAACAUUACAGAUUCAUGACCUUCCAUCAGAUCAGGCCAAUGUGAUGUAAUUUGGAAAGUUUGUUAUUCACUGCUGUAAGAGAUUUCUGAGAGCUACAAGUUUAGCAUAUCUAACCAGAGGUUGGAGGAAUCCCAUUGGUGAAUAUGUGGUCAGGCUGAAGACACUAGCAAAAAAUUGCUAGACCUUAGUAGACUGGAUUUUGUGGGAUUGUUAAGUGUACAAAUUGGCAAUGAAAUAAUUCAAGAAAAUCUGUGACAGGUUGAACUGAAUGCUGAAACCUGCAGAAUAGGAUGGAAAUGAUACAUAGGGCACAAUGCCAAGGUGCAGGCAGGGAACAAACCCACAGAAAUGGUAACGGCAUCGUGCUCUCCUUUGCAUCCAACUCAUAAAGACACUACAAGUGGAUUUGGUGAGAAACCAGCAGAUCAUGUGAGUGCUGAAGUUGGGAAGGCUGUGUGCACAAAAUGCUGGAGGCCUUGAGAUGUUAGGGGAGCCAUCCAGUCUCAGAAUCUCCAUUCAAAAUAGUCAGUGCUACAACUAAAUUGUCUUAGACAGAGAUGGAUACAUCACAGAAACAUGCCUUUUGGCCAGCUAUGUCCAUGCUAACCAUCAAAUCCCUAGGUCAUGGCCAGCCCCUCGCAGCACUUCAUGAUCGAAUGGAAUGGAAUGAGUGUCUAGUUGGCCAAAAGGCAUGUUUCUGUGCUGUAUCUAUCUCUAUCUAAGACUAUUUAGUUGUAGCACUACAAUUCACCUACUGCGGAAACAGGUCCAUGGCGGACGCUGUAUACCCAGCCCUACACUCAUCUCUGGCGUAUCUGGACAGUAAAGACAUCCACAUUAGACUAUUGCUUAUUGACCACAGCUCCACCUUCAAUACCAUAAUUCCAAGCAAACUCAUCUCCAGACCCCUCAAACUGGGACUCAACACUUCCCUUUCCAGUUGGAUCCUUGACUUCUUGACCAACAAACCACAAUCUGUGAGGAUAGGCAGCAAUACCUUCGCCAUGACUAUCCUCAACACCAGUGCCCCACAAAGUUGCGUCCUCAGCUCCCUACGUUAUUCCCUAUACACUCAUGACUUCGUGGUCAGAUUCUGCUCUAAGUCUAUCUAAAAGUUUGCAGAUGAUACCAUUGUAGCAGGCCAAAUCUCAAAUAAUGAUCAGUCGGAUUAUAGGAAGGAGAUAGAGAGCCUAGUGGCAUGGUGUCAUGACAACAACCUUUCCCUCAAUGUCAGCAAAACAAAAGAGUUGGUCAUUGACUACAAGUAGGGUGGCGAUGCAUUGUUUACCUCAAUGGUGUUGAGGUCGAGAGGGUUGAAAGCUUCAAGUUCCUAGGGGUGAAUAUCACCAAUAGCCUGUCCUGGUCAAACCAUGUAGAUGCCAUGGCCAAGAAAGCACACCUGCGCCUCCACUUCCUCAGGAGGCAAAAGAAAUUUGGCAUGUCCCCUUAAACCCUCACUAAUUUUUAUCAUGCACCAUAGAAAGCAUCCUAUCUGGAUGCAUCACAGCUUGGUAUGGCAGCUACUCUGCCCGGAACCACAAGAAACUGCAGAGAGUUGUGGAUGUAGCUCAGCACAUCACGGAAACCAGCCAUCCCUUCAAUGAACUCCAUCUACACUUCUUGCUGCCUUGGUAAAGCAGACAACAUAAUCAAAGACCCCACCCACCCCGGACAUUCUCUCUUCUCCCCCCUCCCAUUGGGCAGAAGAUACAAAAGCCUGAAAGCACAUACCACCAGGCUCAAGGACAGCUUCUAUCCUGCUGUUAUAAGACUAUUGAAUGGUCCCCAAGUAUGAUAAGAUGGACUCUUGACCUCACAAUCCACCACGUUAUGACCUUGCACCUUAUUGUUUACCUGCACUGCACUUUCUCUGUAACGGUAACACUUUAUUCCGCACUCUCUUAUUGUUUUUCCCAUGUACUACCUCAUUGACGUGAUGAAACGAUCUGUAUGGAUGGUAUGCAACACAAAG